UCUUUCACGUCUGUCUGUCCUGCUCCACUCUUGAGCUCUAGUGAGUCCCAUCAAAGCACCCGAGAGGAAAAUGGCCUUCACUGGAGUCGCAGUGUUAGGACUCUUCAUCACAGUUGCCCUGGUGAGCCUUCAGGAAGCACGGGCUAUCAAAGAGGACCAUGUGAUCAUCCAGGCCGAGUUCUUUCUGAACCCUGACCAACUAGGCGAGUUUAUGUUUGACUUUGAUGGUGACGAGAUUUUCCAUGUGGAUAUGACAAAGAAGGAGACGGUCUGGCGGCUCAAAGAUUUUGGUGAUUUUGCCAGCUUUGAGGCUCAGGGUGCACUGGCCAAUAUAGCUGUGGACAAAGCCAACCUCGAAAUAAUGACAAAGCGCUCCAACUACACCCCGAACACCAACGUACCUCCGGAGAUGACUGUGCUCCCCAGCAGCGCUGUGGAACUGGGGGAGCCCAACGUCCUCAUCUGUUUCGUCGACAAGUUCUCCCCACCAGUGAUCAAUGUCACGUGGCUUCGCAAUGGAAAACCUGUCACAACCGGAGUGUCAGAGACAGUCUUCCUGCCCAGGGAGGACCACCUUUUCCGCAAGUUCUACUACCUCCCCUUCCUGCCCUCAAACGAGGACUUCUAUGACUGCAAGGCGGAGCACUGGGGUUUGGAGGAGCCCCUGACCAAGCACUGGGAGUUUGAAGCACAAGCCCCGCUCCUAGAGACCAAGGAGAAUGUGGUGUGUGGCCUGGGCCUGCUUGUGGGUCUGGUGGGCAUCACUGUUGGCACCAUCCUCAUCGUCAAGGGCAUGCGCAAAGACCGUGCUGCUGAGCGCCGGGGGCCGCUGUGAGGCACUGCAGGUAGUGGAAUUUCUUAGGGAGAAGAUCGAUGAAGAGAUUUCUGCUUUAGUAUCUUUACAAGCCUGGUGACUCUCCAAUGGUUUCCCUGAGUGAAGACAACCAUUCUUCAGCACUUUUCAGCUCCUUGGCCGGUCUAAGAGCGAUGGCACCUCCUUGAUCGCCCAUGCUCGAGCAUUUUGUUGGGCUUCCCUGUUCGUUGCCCCUUCCCAUAUCUGUUUUCGCUCAUUUCCCACUAUCAUUUUUCACUAUCAGCAUGCGAUGCCCCUACAGUAGGCACCGUGAGAUCCUUUCUUCACUGUGGAAGCUUUUAAAAGUUCUGUGGAAGCAUCUCCUGUCCACCUAUCACUUGGGGUUUCUUCAAACUGUGAUUGUGAUUUUUCCAAAUGCAAUAAACUAUUGGAUGAGUCUA